AUGGCGCGCUCGACCUCACUCUCCGAGGCGGAGGCGGGCAUCUCCUGCUUCACCUCCUCCCUUCCCGGAUUCCGCGGCGUCCUCAAGCACCGCUAUGCCGAUUUCAUCGUCCACGAGGUUGCCCGCGAUGGCGCUCUCGUCCAGCUCACCUCGUUCGAUCUCCCCACCGAGUGCGUUGACGUGAAUGAGGAGGAUAAGGCGGCGCCGUCGGCUGAAGCGGACCACUCUCCGGCCCUUGAGUCGUUCCGUUCGCUUUGCGGCGAUGCCGACUGCAACGCAUUGAAGAGUCUCCUGGAGAGGGUGUCGGCUGGUGGUGACAGUGAUGUCUCGCCUGUCAUUCUCUCGCCUGAUGCUGACAAGGCUCACCGAUCGGACGUGCAUAACUUCUUUAAGAAGACCUUCAAGUUCCUGGUCACGGACACGGUGGAACACAGUGAUGGGGUCCAGAGGUGCAUCAGGGUGCGGUUGGGGUCAGGAGCAGGUGGUGGAAGGGGUGGCGGCGGCCGCGGGAGAGGAAGGAAACGGAAGAACAUGGGUAGUUCUGAUUGGAGAGAUGACAGGCCAUUUGAUAGUAGAGGGUCGAGUAAUUGGUCAGAUAAUGUUGGGAAGUUCCUGAGGUUUCACCUGUACAAAGAGAACAAGGACACCCAAGAAGCAUUAGGAGUAAUAGGAAAAAUGCUAGGACUUCAGCCACGCUCAUUUGGGUUUGCAGGGACAAAGGAUAAGCGUGCUGUUACUACACAGCAGGUAACUGUUUUCAAGGUGCAAGCCAGUAGAUUGGCUGCUCUUAAUAAUCGGCUGUUUGGGAUUAAAGUUGGAAACUUCUGUUAUGUGAAGGAGGGACUUGUUCUUGGUCAGCUCACAGGAAAUCGAUUUACAAUUACUCUGAGGGGUGUUACUGCAGAAUCUGAAGACAUGAUAAAAAAUGCCGUAGAUGGCUUAGGAAAGAAUGGAUUUAUCAACUACUAUGGUUUGCAGCGUGAUGACAUUAAUGAGGUGCGCAAACAUUACAAGGAACAUGGUGACAUUGAUAUGGCACUGAGGAACUUCCCUCGGCACCUCGUAGCUGAGAGGGCAAUACUUCAAUGUCUGAAGAAAUGCCCUGGUAACCAUCUGCAAGCACUUAAGGGUAUACCAAGAACACUUAGAAUGAUGUACGUACAUAGUUACCAAAGUUACCUGUGGAAUCAUGCUGCCAGUAUGAGAGUGGAAAAGUAUGGCAUUUCACAGGUUGUAGAAGGUGACUUAGUGUAUAACAAAGAAUGCCCUCCAGAAGAAUCGACUUCCGUAAACAUUCUGGAAACUGAUGAUGGCCAUACAAAUUCAAUUGAAAUUGAUCUAUGUUCUGAAGCACAACCAGAAGAAAGCAUCCAGUCUGUGAAGAUAGUUGAUUCUGGAGAUUUAUUGAAGGGGAUAUACACAUUUGAUGAUGUUGUCCUACCUUUGCCUGGUUCACAAGCAUUGUUUCCUGGGAAUGAAGUUGCUGAGAUUUACCAUGAAAUGGCUAGAAAGGAUGGCAUUAGCUUGACGGAGAAUGCUCAUGGUGUCAAAGAGUUUUCAAUUACAAGCAUGAAAGGUGGUUACCGUCGAGUGUUCCAGCGGCCUAUUGGUUUCAAGUGGGAACUCAUGACUUACACGGAUGACAGUUCAUCUUUAGCAGAAACUGAUUUAGAUGUUCUGUCCAGAACCAAGCCUAAAGAAGCAAAUGAGCUUAUUUCUAACCAGGAGCAGCAGGAUAAGUUGGAAAAGGCUCUUGAUACCUCUGUACCAACUAAUGAGAAUAGCUCGCAAGAAAAUAAGCUUAUUGGCAGCCCAGAUACACUAUCAAAGAAAUUGGCCUUAAAAUUAGCAUUUAUUUUACCAGCAUCAUGUUAUGCGACAAUGGCUAUCCGGGAGCUUCUGAAGACUUCCACGUCGGUUGCAUAUCAGAAAACACUCAGCUGCUAA